UUAUGUUGUUGCGAGUGAAAUUAUAACAUUGGUGUUAUUAUGUUACAGUUAGUUGGAUUAUCUUUCUUUCAACUGCGAAUAUCAUUAAUCAACUUCUGAAAGUCUGGACAAUGACCCGAGAUUACAUAGUUGUUUUUACAGAUAUUUUGGAUGAUUCGACAUCGAUAAUAGCUAUAUUCAACGAGGGAAUUCCAAAACUAUACAAGACGUAAUCUGCAUGACGAAUAAGGAAAAACAUAAAGGAAGGAGUAAAGAAAGUGGAAGAAACAGUAGUGAUCAUUGAAAGCGCCAUGCAUGCAGUGUUAAUCUUUUCUUCUAGCAUCAUACGCGACCUCGUACUUGAUAAAUAUCGUAUAUACAACAUUAAAAAUUGAUAAUCGUGAACAUGUUCUCUCGCAGAGUCCAUCAUGCGAUAGUUCAACUGAUUUUCGUACUAACAUGCAUACUUGUGAAACCAGUGUUUCUCUACGUGCUACCGAAUCCGAUUUUCGAAGUGUUAAAGCCGCAAGGUCUUCGAGUCUCUAUACCUGAUGCACCAGGUUUAAGAAUAUUUGGAUUCCACGCCAACAUCAACAAAGCAAUUCGCACUAAUGAAUAUGGUCAAAUUGCUGGUGAUACCUAUUUGGCAACAGACGAUCGCUGGACUUUUGAGGAUUCGGACGUGACUAUAAAAAAUGGAGAUGUACUUCAUUACUGGAUUUAUGUGCAAGCAAAUGGGAUUAACCACAGGAAGAAUAACCAAAGAUGGACAUAUUACCAAAAUGAAGUUGAUAGUCAAGAAACUACACAGACAAGUUCUCCAAAAUAUGAAAUUUCAAUCGAGGGCCGAUUAUUACUUGAAGACUAUUUCAAUUCUUUCAACGCGUCAUUAUGGAAACACGAGAUAAAGAUGCCAUUAGAUCCGGACUACGAAUUUUGCGUAUAUCAUCAUCCAAUCAUUCAUGAGCAACUUGUGCAAAUUCAUAAUGGUCAAUUAUUCAUAAAGCCAAUUAUACUAGAAGACUAUUAUGGCGAGAAUGCGACCGCAUACGGAAAAUUACAACUUAACGAAUGUACAAGCCUGGUUGCUUUCGAAUGUACGCGACAGGCGUUAUCCUUUAGCAUUCUGCCACCCGUUAUAUCCGCACGUUUUACUACAAAAGAACAUUUCGUUUUGCAAUACGGAAAGAUCGAAAUACGUGCGAAAUUUCCUGAGGGCGAUUGGCUGUAUCCAGAAAUGUGGCUUGAGCCACGUCAUUCUAUUUACGGUAUGAACUACGCCAGCGGCCGUGUUCUUCUGGGUUUAACACGCGGCAAUGAGAAUUUGGUGAAUGCCACGGACGUUUCGAAGAUCUAUGAUACUAGACGAUUGGAUUUUGGCGUGAGAGUAAGCCCAUCCCUUAAUGAGAUCCAAGAAAUACUCGUCACAAAAGUAAACGAAUUCGGACCACGAUGGACGAAGGAUUUCCAUGUGUACACAACGAUCUGGACCAGUGAUGGUUUCACGUUUUUGGUCGACGGCGAAGAAGUUGGUCGAAUAAGUCCUAAUGAAGAGGGAUGGAUGAGUGGAGACAGAAAAGCUGCCCCGUUCGAUCAAGAGUUCUUUAUCACUCUUGGUGUCGGUGUGGGUGGAGUACGUGUGUUUCCGGAUGGUACACACAGUUCCGGAAUGCGAAAACCAUGGAGAAAUAUAGACGCUAAGGCAAUGUUGAAUUUCUGGAACUCUCGGAACCAAUGGCUACCAAGCUGGAGACGAGACAGUGGCAGUAAGACUGCUUUUGUAAUAGAUUACGUCAAAGUGUGGGCUUUUUGAAUCAACAUUGAUACAUGCAUAAUUCUUCAUUUUUUAUCAUAUUCACUAUUUUCUUUUUUAUCAUUUAUGUUACUUGUAGUGGUAGACCUUUUUUAUCGCGCGACAAUUAUAUCCUACGUAGGCAUUCAGUAUUGCGAACAUGAAGAAACAAGCUAUCAGCAAAAAUAGAUUUAAAUCGGUUACCUUCUGAUUCAAUAAUGGCAGAAGAUUACAACGUUGCCUGCAAUGUUAUUGCACUUGGAAUCUCCACCAAGACUUAUAAAGGCCUUUUUACCUGCGUAACGUAAUUAGAGUCCUGUAAUUGGACCACUUCUGUUUCUAUAAAAGGGUGAACGAUACUCCCGUAAAAUUGGAAAGAAAUUCAGGGUCGCCCGGAGCUGGUUUUUACCUUUAAUGAUGCCUCCAUUAGCCGCUCGGAUGGUUAUCCUCUGAUAAUAUUCCUGCCGAUCACGACAU